CGGGCGAUGGCGGCGUCCGUGGGGCUCCACGUGAGCGGGGCGGCCUGAGCGCCGCGGGGCCGGGGACACCGCGUCUUCGCGGGGCCGCUGCCGAUGCGGGUCGGCAGCGCCGCGGGUGGGUGCCGGGGCGGCGGCGGGCGCGGGCGGGAUGGCGCUGGUGCCCCUGCGGCCCUGCAGAGCCGCCGGCCGCCUCCUGCCGCUGUUGUGCGGGGCUGUGAGGAGCAAAGGAGCCGCCCUGAGUCCCGGCGUGCCGGGCCGCCUCACCCAGCGGCGUUACAAGAAGGACGUGCUGCCCUCCCCCGAGGGGCCCGUGCCUUCUGUCUCCAUCACCGAGAUCCGGCAGUACCUGCGCGCCCAGGGCAUCCCCUUCCACGACGGGUACAGCUGCCUGCACACCCCCAGCCUCUUCACCGGCGGCCGGGACGAGCAGCCGCCGCCUGCCAGCACCCCGUUCACGCUUUUCAUUGACAAGACAACGGGCAGCUUUUUGUGCACGGCCACCCUGGCCGAGGGCACUUGGCAGGACUUCCAGGCCAACGUGGAGCUGCAGCACCGCGGCAUUCCCCCUGCAAGCUCGGAGGAGCAAGAGGAGGAUGCACGACGGGCUCGCGAGGAUGCCCGCUGCAUCUGGGACCGGGCACUGCCGCUCUGGGAGCUGCUGGAUAAGGAAGAGACCAACAAGACCAAGGCCAUGUUUGGCAUCUCCCUGGUGACAGACGCCACCCUCAAACGCUUCGGGGUGCGUUACCUAAGGACUGCCAAGUCCCUUGUCUUCCCCUGGUUCAGCCCCCGUGAUGCAACACUGAAGGGCCUGAAGCUCUUGAGGGCAGAGAAGAAGGGGGAUGCAAUAGCUUAUGAGGAAGAGACUUUACCCCGCUUCGAUACCUAUCACAAUCUCUUUGGGCUGCCCCUGAUUGGCCGCCGAGACACAGAACUGGUCUUAACUGGGUGGGAGCUGGAUGCCUUGGCCCUACACCAAGCUACAGGGGUGGCCAGCCUGGCCCUACCGCGGGGGGCCACCUGCUUACCCCCCGCCCUCCUCCCCUACCUGGAGCAGUUCAAGCGCAUCACACUGUGGCUGGGCGAGGACCUGCGCUCCUGGGAAGCUGCCAAGCUCUUUGCUCGCAAGCUGAGUAUCAGACGCUGCUCCCUGGUGCGCCCUGGCGACCUGCAGCCCCGGCCCUUGGAGGCCCUGAACCAGGACCUGAACCUCACCAAGAUCCUGCGUGCCGCCCUGCCCGCCAGCCACAAAUCCAUCGUCUCCUUCCGGCAGCUGCGCGAGGAGGUGUUCGGGGAGCUGGUCAACACCGAGCAGGUGGCUGGCGUCAAGUGGGCACGUUUCCCUGAGCUCAACAAGCUCCUCAAAGGACACCGCAGAGGGGAGCUCACCAUUUUCACAGGCCCAACGGGCAGUGGGAAGACAACCUUUAUCAGUGAGUACGCACUGGACCUGUGCAUGCAGGGGGUGUGCACGCUCUGGGGCAGCUUCGAGAUCAACAACAUCCGUCUGGCCAAGAUCAUGCUGACACAGUUUGCCACCCGGCGCCUGGAAGAGCAGCUGGAGCUGUAUGACGAGUGGGCUGACCGCUUUGAGGACCUCCCACUCUACUUCAUGACCUUCCACGGCCAGCAGAACAUCAAGACAGUGAUUGACACCAUGCAGCAUGCUGUCUACAUGUACGACAUCACCCACGUGGUCAUUGACAACCUCCAGUUCAUGAUGGGACACGAGCACCUCUCUGUGGACAGGCUCGCUGUCCAGGACUACAUCGUCGGUGCCUUCCGCAAGUUUGCCACGGACAACAACUGCCACAUCACGCUGGUCAUCCACCCCCGCAAGGAGGAUGACGAGAAGGAGCUGCAGACGGCCUCCAUCUUCGGCUCUGCCAAGCAUCAUCCUGGCGAUGUUUUCUUUCCCCCAGGCCAGCCAAGAGGCCGACAACGUCCUCAUCCUGCAGGACCGUAAGCUGGUGACGGGGCCAGGGAAGCGCUACCUGCAGGUGUCCAAGAACCGCUUUGAUGGGGAUGUGGGUGUCUUCCCCCUGGAGUUCAGCAAGGCCUCACUCACCUUCUCAUCAUCCAGCAAAAGCAAGGUCAAGCUGAAGAAGAUGAAGGAGGAGAAGGCAGUUUCAGCUAAAAAAUCUCCAGAGGGAGGCUCAGGAACCUCCAAGAAGCCGUGAGCCCGGCAGGUCUCUUCCUUGGUCUGUCAGAAGGAAUGGGGACUGGUGCUGAGAGCAUGGGGCUGGGGUACACCAGCCCACUCCCCUGGGAGCAGCACCCACCUGCUGCUCUGUCCCUGUCUCCUGCAUGAAGCAACCUCUUGGCCACUAGCACGGUGUCUCUGAGAGACAUGGGGCCACCGUGAGAGGAGUGGCGGCCUUGUCCUGGAGAAGAGCAGUGGGGGGGGGUGUUUGGCAAAUGCUGACUGCUCCAUACUGGUGCUGAGUCCUGGGAGCAUGACAGGGGGAAUAGAGUCAGCAUGGGCUGCAGCUCUGGGACUUCUGUGGCACAUUGUUAAUCUGCAGCUGAAACAGAGCAAAAAUCCUGGGCUGUCACUGGUGGGAGGGACUGUGCAGGGGGACACAUGGUGGGAACCCCCUGUCAGGGGUACGGGUCUCUGGGCUGGGCUGAAGGCAGCGAGGGGAAGGUGGUGCAGGGAAGUGUGAGAGGUUGGGGUGGCUCUCGCCCCAGAGCUGUGAGCUAUCCGUGGGACGUGGUGGGAGCUGGGGCCCCCGUGGCAUCGCUGUUCACAGUGGGUUGAAGGCACCACUGGUGUCCUCCCGCGCCAGUUCUGCCUGCUUGGCUGAUGCCUCACCCAGCCCUCUUUGCUCAGGGUCUCCCUGUCCCCUUUCUCCAGGGGACAUCACCAGCAGUAAAACCUCGUGGGGAGUGGCCAUCCCUGUGCCCUCUGGGUUGUAGGGCCGCAAAUACUGUGACUUGGCCAGUCCUUGCCGUGGUAGGACAAGUCCAUGGCUGGAUCUUGGUCUGAUCCCUUUGUUUUUUUUUUCCCCUUCCUAGUUUUAUUAAAGCAAAAACGUGAGUGCUU